AUGAAAGAGGAAUCGAGGGACGCUGAUUAUGAACCAGAAAGCUCUUCUGCUAUUAAAACCGAACUCAGUCAAGCUGAAUUUUUAUCCUAUAUUAGCGACUUAGCGGAAAUUUUACUUAGAGAUCCCACCGGUAAAAGUGAUGAAUUUUUAGAAAGUGUUGGCUGUUAUCAUCGUGUCGCUUGUCAGAAAUGGUUAGAAACUUUUGUUAACGGCUCGUUAGAAGAUUUUACGAUGGAAAAUCGGGGUGGUAAACACGUCAGCAGUUUUUACGAAGAUUUUCCGGAGUUACAAAUGGCUGUGCAAAUCUUUGCCACUCAAAAAUGUCAACAGAAAUCAGCUGAGUUCAAAUUAUCAGAUCGACCUGAUGAUGUGUGA